GCAUUCAAAAGAAAAGAAAAGAAAAAUAAACAUCUCCGUCUCACUCGCCUCUCCCCACACUCCGAAGUGCAAGCGUUUUUAAGCUGGCGUGUAUGCCCGGUCUCAACUCUGGGCGCGCACAGAGCUCCCAGAGCGCGGCAGCGGCGGAAGGCGCGAAACCUCUUUGACCACAGCCAAGCAGCAAGAAGACACCCAAUAACCUUGUUGUGCGGGCUGGAGAUCAUGGUGAAGGAAGAGGAGGUCAUGGCGGAGGCCACAGGAGGAGGAGGGAGGGGGUACAUGGACAUGCUCGGCCUCGGGGAGGAGGCCAUGGCCGACUACUUCCUCUGCCUGUCGCCGUCCACCUCCUCCUACCUCUCCUCCGCCGCCGCCUCCACGACGACCACCACCAGCGCCAGCGCUCAUACGGUCGCUUCCCCAACCUGCGCCUCCUACCUGCACCCUCCUCCGGCGGCGCCGUACCACCACGUCCUGAGCUUCGGCGGCCGGGCGGAGCAGCAGUACCACGGCGGCGGCGACAUCUUCGGGUUCCAGUACUACUACGGCGCCGGCGGUCCAGCGGCCACGGUGGCUGCCCCGCAGAAGUCCAGCCCGACCACCGACUGCUCCUCCUCCAUCUCCUCCAUGUCGUCCUCGCCCACGGCCACCGCCGUCUCGGCCAUCUCCACCUCCAAGCCACAGCCCACCAAGAAGAGAGGAUCAAGAGGCAGCAGCGAUCAGAGAAAGGCUGCUCCACCUGCCGCUUCUACAACAAACAAGAGGCCCAGGGCGAGGAAGGAGAGGCUCGGGGAGAGGAUCCUGGCGCUGCAGCAGCUGGUUUCUCCGUUCGGGAAGACCGACACGGCCUCCGUCCUGCACGAGGCGCUCGGCUACAUACGCUUCCUGCACGACCAGGUUCAGGUCCUCAGCUCGCCGUACAUGCAGCGCCUGCCACCGCCACCCUCCUCCGCGCCGCCCGCCCGCCCAACCACGGAGGAGCCGCGGGACCUGAGGAGCCGGGGGCUGUGCCUGGUGCCGGUGUCCUGCACCGACCACGUCGCCGGCGGCGGCGGCAACGGCGCCGACGUAUGGUCAUCGGUGCCGGCGAUGGGGCUGCCCAAGGCGGAGACGGUGGAGGAGUACGCGGUGGCCGCUGGGAUGCUUCGUGGGGAUCGGGAUCAUCCUCCUACCAGGCAACUGGCCUAGCUGGGAUGCUCCGGUUAAAUUGCAUCUUCAGCUUUUGGGAUGCUCCGGUUAAAUUGCAUCUUCAGCUUUGGUUUACUCUAGACUCCAGGUAGACUCGUCAGGGUUAAUCCGUUCCGUGGUAGGACUCCAUGGUCUAGCUUCUUUUUGCCGUUCUUUUUGGAGGCGCUGUGUAAAAGGUGCAAGGGCCGUGACCGUGAUCCGUGUAACCAUGUAUGUGUCCGGCACAAACGUGGCUCGAACCAAGUGUGCAUACGCAGCGGUGUUUCCGACGUUUCUGUAGCGAUGCUGCUCCAAAUUCCAACUAGAGUAGAGCUUCAGCAUGGAAA